AAAAUCUGAUAAUCCUCUUUGCGUAGCCGUCGUUUCUUCUUCUUGGCCAUGCCCAUGACCGACGGCGGAAAGCUGAAGCUGACCAUGUAAACGAGCCAUUAGAAACUGUUCAACGGUUGAUUUGAGCUUGUAGGAGAUACUUAUUUGUAUACCCAUGACAAGAAAAAUACAGAAAUAGGAUUGUAUAAGGUUAAAAAAAUGAUGAUGGCAAGAAGUAGAAUGCGAAGCGCAGGCUUGGCAGUGGCAUUGCAGAAGGGAUUCAUAAAGAAGAUGGGUUUUUAUUCAUACAGCAGCAAAUUUUUAAUGUCCCCAUCACUUGUUUCUCUGGACCUCCCUGACGUAUGGACCCAUAACUCCAGCCACAAUCAUUCUCAUCCACUACCAUCUGUAUGUUCUUAUCAACAUUCUGCUACUGUAAUUGAUGGAAAGUCGAUUGCAGAGGAGGUCAGGUCAAGUAUUGGUAGUGAAGUCAAGGGAAUGAAGGAAUCUAUUGGAAAGGUUCCUGGCUUGGCUGUGAUUUUAGCGGGUCAAAGAAGGGACUCUCAGACUUAUGUCCACAACAAGAUAAAAGCUUGUGAAGAAGCUGGAAUCAAGUCUAUUGUUACUGAAUUUCCUGAUGAUUGUACUGAAAAUGAGGUUCUUGAUGCUCUGUCAAAUUUUAAUGAGGACAAAUCAAUUCAUGGUGUUCUUGUACAGCUUCCUCUACCACAACAUUUAGACGAGGGAAAGAUUUUGGAUGCAGUGCUUUUGGAAAAAGAUGUUGAUGGCAUUCAUCCAGUGAAUAUGGGGAAUCUAGCCAUGAGAGGAAGGGAACCACUGUUUAUCCCCUGCACUCCAAAAGGUUGCAUUGAGUUGCUGAUCAGAUCAGGUGUGGAAAUAAUGGGAAAGAAUGCUGUGGUAAUUGGAAGAAGCAACAUUGUUGGAUUGCCCACAUCUUUAUUGUUGCAGCGGCACCAUGCGACUGUCAGUAUCAUACAUGCCUUCACAAAAAACCCAGAGACAAUCACCAAAGAAGCUGAUAUCGUGGUUUCAGCUGCAGGAGUGCCAAAUCUAGUUCGCGGCAGCUGGCUAAAACCUGGUGCAGUUGUACUCGAUGUUGGGACAUGCCCAGUUGAAGAUGCAAGCUGCGAAUGUGGUUAUCGUCUCGUAGGAGAUGUUUGCUAUGAAGAAGCAGUUAGAUUGGUGUCAGCAAUUACUCCAGUGCCAGGCGGAGUUGGACCAAUGACUAUUGCCAUGCUUCUCUCCAACACUCUCGACUCUGCCAAACGAGUAUACGGUCUUACUUGACUGCCAAUGCCAGUAAAUUGCCUUGUUAUAAGAUAGCCUCAACAUUUUUUACAUUUCUCUGCCCUAAUUAGAGUAAUGAACUGAGUUGAAAACAACCAAACGACCUUGGCCCUGCAGAAAAUCAAAGCCAGUCACUGAUAAAUUUGAAGAAAACAGGUAGACUGUGUAGUUCCAGUUCGGUUCAUAUAUAACUGCUGCGGAUCUCCCCCA